GUCUCGUACACUUCCUCUUUUGUGAAUUGUCGUGAAACUGUGCAGUGUUCUCUCCCGAGCUAAGGUCAAGUUUUGACGACUUGCACGGUUUUAUUGAAAAGAAACCCCCUGAAAAAUGGCUCUUAACAAAGCUGAACUAGCCUGUGUUUACUCGGCACUGAUUCUGGUCGAUGAUGAUGUUGCCGUAACGGAUGAGAAGAUUGCGACCAUCCUGAAGGCCGCCAACGUUGAUAUCGAGCCGUACUGGCCCGGUCUGUUCGCCAAGGCCCUGGAAGGCAUCGAUGUCAAGAGCCUGAUCACUAGCAUCGGCUCCGGUGUCGGUUCGGGCGCCAGUGCUGCCCCGGCUGCUGCUGCCGGUGGUGCUGCUGCCCCAGCUGCCGCUGAAAAGAAGGAGGAAAAGAAGGAAGAGGAGCCAGAGGAAUCCGAUGAUGACUUGGGAUUCGGUCUCUUCGGUUAGAUCUUUCUCACCGUGUUCUGGAAGGUACAAAGGAAAAGAGAGUUCAAUCUCUUUUACUGUACUCUGGUAUUUGUACAACUAUUCUGUACACGUAUGAAUAAAACAUUGAUAUAAAUACCCCCAA